AUGCGCAGGUUUGACUUAACCGUUUCGCAAGAGCCGCGAGGCGCUUUGUGGGGCGUGCUCCACACACGGACAGGCUUUGUGAGCACUAGUGGUGUGUUUCUGGAAAGACGGCCCAGACAGCGUGCGUGCUACGCCACUCGCGGCUGCAGUACAAGUUUGCAUCGUGCAGGAGUCAAAAUGUUGGCCAAACCUCGGUCCAAAGGCAAGAAAGGGAGCAAACGGCCGGCCGUGGGGAAGCCCGCAGACGGCAACGCAGUCCAGAACGCAAACUCGAACGUAACACGAGAAACGGACCACAAGGCAGCGAGAGCAGAUAGCACAGAUAGCUCGCCGAGGACGAUGCCCUUCUCGGGUCCGAUUGCUCCUUACUUGCUGAGAAGUGCGGGGUCACUGCAGCAACGGUCUCAGAGCGCUUCUUCGUCUGAGGAUGCGCCCGGGGGUGCUGCCCCGGCAGCUCCGUCUCCAGCCACGGCGGACGCUUCCGAGAGGCCAGUCUCGGAAACGGCGACACAAGACCAAAAGCCCUCUAAGGUGGGCAAACAAACAUCAAAGCGGAAUUCUUCUGCGAAACUAUCGCGCCCGGGGACAAAGAAGGGUACAGUUUCGAAAGAGACGACUGCAUCGAACUCAGCUGCAGAGGCACGGGAUCCCGCAAACGUGGAAGUUGAUACCACAUCCGGCGCAGGUGAAGGGGAUCCAGACGCGGCUUCUGUUUUAGAGCUUGUCGAAGCGUUUCGAAAAGACAAGCGACCAAAAGAUCGAGUCCUCGGAAACGACGAAUCUGCGACAGGGAAUACGAAACCGGGCAAAGCGAAAGCGGCAGCGGACCUGCAGCGCUAUCUCAUCAGGGAUGUCGAGCAAAACCCGGAAACUGGUUACGAUCGGGUCGCCGCUGUUCUCGGAAAGGGCCGUCCAUCAAAGCGCUUUUUGGGAACGCUGCUGGGACCUUACCUCCAGAACUCACAUCUGGUUGGCUUGGUUACCGUGUUGAUCUGCACUUUUGGAUAUGAUGCUGGUAACCCGUUGACAAAUCUCAGCGAAGACGUGCGUGAUAAGCUGCGGAAGGGCCUCCUAAUUGUAGCGACGGUGAACCUGGUGAUGGCUGUGCAGGCCUACAUAGAAGCUCGUCGACGCAAUCAGUCGCCGUGGUUCUGGUUCGCGAAAACUAUGGCGCUCGGCGGACUAGCACUGGGCGAGUUGCUCGAGAACGUUCCCCUCUCUUCGAGUUCGCAACCCGAUCCGCACGAGCGUCGGGAACAGUAA